AUGUCAGUACUUGCUGGAGCUGGUGAUGUGACCAAUGUGACUGCCGUUACUGGUAUUGAAUGUUGUGAAUUUACGUAUGAAUGGACAAUUAAAAACUUUAGUCAGUGGGCCAGAAGAGUAAUUAAAUCACCAAUUUUUUCAUCUAAUUAUGGUGAUUUUGAGGAUAAAUGGAUUUUGGGAAUAUAUUCAGAUCUUAUGUAUUCAGCCGGGGGUACAAUAUUAGUAUAUGCUUAUCUGAAUCUUCAAUCAUUCAAUAAUACUUCACAAUUACAAACAAAAUGUAAAAUAUCAGUAAAUAAUAUACAGGAAAUAACUAACGAAUAUGAAUUUCGUCAAUUUCCAGAAACAACAGAAUGGGUUAGUUGUGCUUAUGACUUGUCAAAUCCAAAUCGAUAUUUACCAGAUGGUGACCUUAAAGUUUGUUAUCUUAUGCCUACAGCCGGGGGCUAUAUAAAUAUAAGUGUUUAUCUGAAUCUUCAAUCAUUCAAUAAUACUUCACAAUUACAAACAAGUUGUAGAAUAUCAAUAAAUGAUAUAAAUGAAACAACUAAAGAAUUUUCUGUAAAUUUCAGUAAAUUUCCAACAAUAACAAAAUGGAUUAGUUGUUUUUAUAAUGUGUCAAAUCCAAAUCAAUAUGCAGCAAAUGGUGACCUUAAAGUUUGUUGUACAAUAAGAAUGUCAAAAAAACCAACAAAUAAUUCUAAUGGAAUUUCAACAUUUAAUGCAACACCAAAACUGGGUGUCGAUUUGAAAAAACUUUUGUUAAAUGAAGAAUCAGCUGAUGUUACAAUUCAAGUGGGUCAAAAAUCAUUUCAUGCAAUCAAAGGAAUUCUUGCAGUACGUAGUCCUGUUUUUGCUGCAAUGUUUAAUCAUAAAGAAUUCAAAGAAAAUGAAAAAAAUGAAGUUGUCAUUGAAGAUAUUGAUGAAGAUGUUUUUGAAGAAUUUUUACAUUAUAUUUAUACUGAUGAAUCACCAAAUAUUGACAAAAUGCCAAUGGAACUACUUGCUGUUGCUGAAAAAUAUCAGGUUGAUUGUCUUAAAAAUAUUUGUGAAGGUGUAACAUGCCGAAAGAUAGACUUUGAGAAUGUUGCAAGUAAAUUUGUUUUUUCUGAUAGAUAUAAUCUCGAAAAACUAAAUCUAAAAUGUUUAGAAUUUAUGAAAAGAAAUUUACGAGAUGUUAUGGCAAAUAAAACAUUUCAAGCUUACAAAAAAAAAUAUCCUGAAAUUUUUGUGGGUGUUCUUGAGGAAUUGCUGUUGUCAGCAAAUUCAGUUAAUUACAAUUAA